AUGGAACAUGGGGACAAAGAAAUUUCGGAACAGAGAAUCCAAACUACAGUUCUUUCCACCUUCGCUGCCGAAGCAACAAAUAAUGUAGAUCCGGCCACAUCGACUAACUUACCUAAUUCUCAUUCUGCAGUCGCCCCAGAUAGGAGGAUGAUAACUGAAAAUCCCAUGCCCAUUUCUGAUACCUCCACAACUUCCUUGAUACCCUUUCAGCCAAUUGUUGUCUCCACGCCGCAUCAGCAAGCAUCAGCGCCCCAGACCCAGGACAUGUACCCAGUACCGACGCAACAGUACCUUCAGCCUACCGGUGGUUUAAUGAUCGGUCUACCACAGUCCUACAAUUCCAUACCUCCACCACAGAUGAUUAAUCUUGCUAGACCAUCACCCUUGCUACAGCAGCAACAACAACAGCCCAUGGCAAUGAUACAACAACAGAUGCCUCCCCCGCCGGCACCACUGGCCAUGUAUCAGCCUAUGCCCACAAAUCAACCACCAUCUCAAUUCACCUUUCAACAAUAG